CUCUUUCUCACAUUACUGCUUUACUGAAGUUAUUGAAGUAGUUCAAGAUCAAGAUUUAAACACAAAAGUGGAAGUAAAUCAGACUAAAAUGAUCUUAUAUAAAUGAUCUGUGUAUAUAAAACCUUUUUCUGUUUCCUAGCAACAGAGACGCGCCCAAGCCCACACCGGAAGUGGAUUUCCACAGACGACUAUCAGAGCUGAACUUUAAUGAAGUGAAUAAACAGCUGUUUACAGUAACAGAUCACUGGAAGUCAUGGAUUGUGGGUGCUCUGUGUCUUAGGAAAUACACCAGAUGUGAGUCAGACUGAAUAACGCUGCAGAUGUUGUACAGAUGUGAUGAGGAGAUUUGUGCUCGGAGGAUUCAGGUGUGUUGGAGAUCUCAUCAGCACAGGAAAGUGUUUAAGCUGCUCAUGAACACCGUGCGCUCAGCCGAAGAGUGUUUAACCCCUGCAGUCCUUCGACAGCUCAGUCCUCGAGAAGCAAAUCUGCUCAGAGACUCGAGUCUUCAGUGUAAAGUCCGAUUCAGAUUUUCAGGUCCUCAGUUUCCUCCUGUAAUUGUAUUUAAGAUUUUCCACACAGGAAGAGGAGGAAGUUACCUGUCUGGGAAAAAACUCUUCCAGCCGUCCAAUCAGGCCACAGCAGACACCUGUAGGAUGAUGGGAAACAGGAAGUUCAUGGACCUGAUGAUGGAGGACGAGCUUCACUGGCAGGGUCGCACCAUCGCACGUCCUGCAGACGUCACGUGUAUAAGAGACUACAUGCAGUACUCGAGUCACCUGGACGAGUUACCUGCACAUGUGGGCGGGAGAGAGAACAGCUGGAGGCGUGUAUCUCUGAAGGUGCUGAGCCGCGGUGGAGGAACGGGCGCCACACAGGACGGCCUCCUGAGGGAGGAGCCUUCAGGAGCCACGGUGACAAGAAGACCCGAUCGACCAAUCAGGUCCCCAGCUGCCCCUCCGUCUUCAGCAGUGUCCACUCCGGGACCCCGGACUCCAAACCGGCGCUCGGCUCGAGCUCGGACACUCGCUGACCGCAAGAGACGCAUUUACACACUGCGAGAGGACACGAGGGAGGAAAACUCGACUGUCACGCUGGAUCACAUGACCAACAGUCGGAUGAACAAACGACACACAGCUGAUGAGAAGUUGGUUUUUAUUCCCGAUGCGUCUGAAUGUUUGGCUUUAAGCGACGUUUCAGACUGCGAGUGGGAGGAAGAGGCGGAGCUACUCUGCUCCUGGUCCAAUCAGCUCUCACUGGACUUGAUUUAAUUCAAACUUUAAUAGUCGAACGACAAUUCUGUGCGUUCUGUCUUUCUCACUUUCUCGCAUGCUAAUUAAUACUUAUUAUUUUAAAAUAAACUUAUGAAGUCAAGACUGAAGAGUCUCUUAAUUAAUUAAUAAUUUCUGUUUUGAAGUGAAGUCUCACAGAAAGAGGCGCUUUAACUGACACUUCAAACAACCAAUGACAGACCUUUUCCCACAAAAUGUCAGCGUCUCGUUUAUUCACCACGAUCCGCUUCAAACAAAAGCUUUAAUAACGUCUUUAAUGAAGAAACUUUUUUCAGUCUUUGAAAAGCUCACUGCGUCGUAGUGUUCAAAAGUUUGUUUUCCCAUGGAAGUGCAGCGAGCCAGUUAUAAAUAUGACUCAGACAAUUGACAGAUAACAGCGCAGAUAAACACACACCACAGGAUAAAUUUACACCAAAUCUGGAUAAGUAUGAAAGCGUAGAGUUGUGAAGCCUGAAACGGAAUGAUACUGAUUCAUUCACUUAUUGACUCGUUCAAAAGGACAGAAUCAUUCACAAACAAAACAUGUCCACAACUAAUAAAGAGUUUUCUAAUUUGCAUAUUCAUGUAUUUUCAUACUGUAGAUUGUAGAAUUUAUAACGAGGAGAAAGCUGUAGUUAAGAGUGCCACUGUCAAGAUCCAGUCCAGAAACAACUCCUUUUCUUCAGCAAGUCAGAUUCAUUCACACACUGCACCAAUGAUCGGCUGUUUUCUAGAAAACAAGACAAAAAACAACACAAAUAUUAUUUUUACAAACUCUCAGUAGAGAUUAUAUUUAGCAAGAACAACAUCCAAGACAGAGA